AUGCAAAUCUUUGUCAACACACUAGCUGGAAAAACUAUUACUUUAGAAGUGGAACCGAGUGAUGCCGUCGAAAAUGUAAAAGCAAAAAUUCAAGAUAAAGAGGGUAUUCUACCUGAUCAACAGCGAUUGAUUUUUGCUGGCAAACAACUUGAAGAUGAUCGAACUUUGUUAGAUUACAAUAUUACAGAGGAAAGCACGCUAGAGCUUUUUUUACGAAGUGAGCCAAAUCAAACUACUUCUCGUGAUGCAUUAGUUAGUGUUUACAGUCAAACAUGUCAAAGUGCAUCUCAAUAUAGUUCAUGUUCAUUGAAUAUUGCAUGCAGAUGUUUACAAUUAUCAUUUACUGAUGAUAUGGGUAUUUGUGCUCUUCUUGGAGUAAGUUGCUCUCGACUUCAUCCAUGUCAAUCACCAGAUGACACUUGUGAAUCAAAUCACAUUUGCGUUCGUUAUCCUCAAUGUAAUUCAACUUCUCUUUGUUAUCCAUUAUCAAUGGUUGAUCAACGAUUAUGUCCACCAUCAACAACAAGUAAAACACAUUUGCUCAUUUUAUUUCAAUUUGAAUUAUUUGAAAUAAGUCUUAGUGAUUCAAAACUUGGUUUAAAUCAUUCACUUUCUGAAAUGUCCACUUCAACAACGACAACAACAACAGAAGGAUAUCCAUGGCCAACAACAACAACAGAAGGAUAUCCAUGGCCAACAACAACAACAGAAGGAUAUCCAUGGCCAACAACAACAACAACAGCAGGAUCACCAUGGCCAACAACAACAGAAGGAUAUCCAUGGCCAACAACAACAACAGAAGGAUAUCCAUGGCCAACAACAACAACAACAGCAGGAUCACGAUGCCCAACAACAACAGAAGGNAAGAGUUAA